UUUACAUAAUCUCCACAUUAAAAUUUUUCCUUUUUGCCUGAAGUAAAAACACUUGGGAAAUGUCAUUCAUAAGAUUGCUCUCCCUGAUCGCGUCGAUAUUAAUUAUUCACAAUGAAACCGUUAGUGCAUUGAGAGUCCUCGCGAUAUACCCUUUCGCCGGCAAGAGUCAUUCCAUCGGAGCCGAGCACCUGCUCAAGGAAAUGACGCGCAGGGGUCACAGUGUCGACGUCGUCUCCCAUUUUCCCCAGAAAGAGCCCAUACCUAAUUAUCGUGACAUCAGCCUCCGAGGAUCACUGCCAAUAUUCGCGAAUAAUGUUACGUACGACAUGAUCACAGAAUACAGUAUCAUGCAGCCGAGGGAGUUUGUUGAAUUAGCAGGGAUCAGUGUGUGUGAACUACUGGGUCUUCCUGUUCUUCAAGAGCUGAUGGAGAAGCCCAAGGGAACUUACGACGUUAUAAUCGUUCAUUUAUUCGCUGCUCACUGUUACAUCGGAUUCGGUCAGAAGUUGAAUGCUCCAGUGGUCGGGGUCGUAACAUCCAGAUUGCAGGACUGGUUGUUCGACCCUUUCGCGAAUCCUCUGAAUCCGUCAUACAUACCGAGCUUUUUCUCAACGUUCACGCAACACAUGACCUUCUGGGAGCGAUUGCAGAAUACAUUGAUUACUGAUAGCACUCGUCAUCAAUUCAGAUAUUGGUUGGAGGCCGAGAGUCUUCAGGUGGAGAAAUAUUUUGGCAGGAGGAUUUCAUCGCUCUAUGAGCUGUACAAGGAUGUGUCCUUAGUUCUCGUUAAUGAGCACUUCAGUUCGAAUGACAUCAAGCCUGCGACACCAGACAUCAUCGACGUUGGUGGACUGCAUAUUUAUGAUAAUACUCAGCAGUUAACGCCUGAGUUACAAGAUUGGUUGGACGGGAGUACCGAGGGCUGUGUAUCUUUCACGUUCGGAUCGAACGUGAUCAUCGAAUCCUUUCCCAAGGAAUUAUUGAAAGCAUUUUAUCAGUCCUUCAAGAGAAUCGCACCAGUACGAGUGCUGAUGAAAGGUGAUCCCAAAGCUCUUGUCAAAGAUUUGCCGAAAAAUGUCAAGAUAUUACCGUGGAUUCCGCAGAUAGCUGUGCUGAAACAUAAGAACGUCAAGGCAUUCAUAACUCACGGCGGCCUCCUGGGAACUCAGGAAGCUAUUGCUCACAAAGUUCCAAUGAUCGGUAUUCCUCUUUUCGGUGAUCAAUAUACAAAUAUGCAAAACUAUGCAAAUAGAGGAAUCGCCGUGGUUCUGGACGUGAAAACCCUCAACGAGAAUUCACUCACUAAUGCGAUUAAUACCGUUCUGAAGGAUCCAACUUACAGGAAAAAUAUUGCGAAAAUGUCGGCCCUCUUCUGGGAUCGCCCGAUGAGUCCUGUGGACACGGCCAUUUACUGGAUUGAAUACGCAGCGACACAUGGGCCCGUCUUGAAAUCACCAGCAACUGAGUUAUCCUGGUGGAAAUUCUACUCGUUAGAUGUUUAUGGUUUCAUGUUAAUGUGUAUUCUCACAAUUAUCUACACAAUCAUCAAACUGAUCACGCUGCUGUGCAGGUGCAGUCGCACACAGAGAAAAAAACAUCGCGACAAAAUGUCAUUAAUAAAAUUACUCCCCCUAUUUGCAUCACUGUUGAUUAUUCAGAAUGAAAAUGCAAGUGCACUGAGAGUUCUUGGAAUUUUUCCAUUCCCUGGCAGGAGCCAUACGAUUGAUGUCGAACAUUUGCUCAAAGAAAUGUCCCGCAGGGGUCACACUGUUGACCUCAUCUCCCAUUUUCCUCAGAAGAAGGCGUUACCGAAUUAUCGUGACAUCAGUCUCCGAGGAUCACUUCCAAUGAUCGCGAAUAACGUGACAUUUGGGAAAUUUAAGACUUUCAAUUCAAUCGGGCUGGAGCGAUUCAUAAAAGUUACAGGGACUGAUGUGUGUGAUUUACUGGAUCUUCCCGUUCUUCAGAAGUUGAUGGAGACACCCAAGGGGACUUACGACGUCAUCAUUGUUGAAUUGUUUGUCUCCCACUGUUACAUUGGAUUCGGGCAGAAAUUGAAAGCUCCAGUGGUGGGGUUCGUAACGACCAAAUUAGCGGAUUGGCUCUUUGCCCCCUUCGCGAUUCCGCUGAAUCCGUCAUACAUGCCGAGCAUGCACUCGGGUUUAAAUCAACGAAUGACCUUCUGGGAGAGAUUGCAAAAUACGUUGCUGAUUGAUAGUAUUUGUAUUCAAUUUGAUCAUUACUUGAAGGCCCAGGUUCCUCAGGUAGAGAAGUAUUUUGGCAGGAGAAUUUCAUCGAUCGAUGAGUUGUAUAAUGAUGUCUCCUUAGUUCUCGUUAAUGAGUACUUCAGUACGAAUGAUAUCAAACCCGCGACGCCAGACAUUAUCGACGUCGGUGGACUACAUAUUUAUGAUGAUCCUCAGCAAUUGACGCCUGAGGUACAAGAUUGGUUGGAUGAGAGUACUGAGGGCUGUGUAUAUUUUACAUUCGGCUCCACUGUGAACCUCGAAUCCUUCCCCAAGGAAUUAUUAAACCCAUUCUAUCAGUCCUUCGAGAGGAUUGCACCAGUACGAGUGCUGAUGAGAGGUGAUCCCAAAUUUCAUCUCAAAGAUUUGCCGAAAAAUGUCAAAAUAUUACCGUGGAUUCCGCAGAUAGCUGUGCUGAAACAUAAGAAGGUCAAGGCAUUCAUAACUCACGGCGGCCUCCUGGGAACUCAGGAAGCUAUUGCUCACAAAGUUCCAAUGAUCGGUAUUCCUCUUUUCGCUGAUCAACAUAAUAAUAUGCGAAACUAUGAAAACCGGGGAAUUGCAGUGGUUUUGGACCUGAAAACCCUCAACGAGAAUUCACUCACUAAUGCGAUUAAUACUGUCCUGAAGGAUCCAACUUACAGGAAAAAUAUUGCGAAAAUAUCGGCCCUCUUCUGGGAUCGCCCGAUGAGUCCUGUGGACACGGCCAUUUACUGGAUUGAAUACGCAGCGAGACAUGGGCCAGUCUUGAAAUCACCAGCGACUGAGUUAUCCUGGUGGAAACUCAACUUAUUAGAUGUUUAUGGCUUCAUGUUAAUGUGUGUUCUCGCAAUUAUCUACACAAUCAUCAAACUGAUCACACUGCUGUGCAGGUGUGCUAGUGGAACUCAUUCGAAAAAUGUCUCGAAGGCCAAGAAACACAGAUGA